AUGAUGACAGCUGGUCUUUCGGGUAAAACCGCGCUAGUGACGGGUGCCGGGAAGGGCCUGGGGCGCGCGUUGGUCGGCGGUUUGGUUGAGGCCGGUAUCGGUAAAGUGGUCGCGAUCACCCGCUCGCAAGAGGACCUGGACUCGCUCGUGAAAGAGUAUGGGUCCGAGAAAAUUCUCCCCGUCCAGGGCGACCUGGGAAAAGAAAAUGCGGGGGCCGUCCUGGAUGAGGCACUGGCGCAAGUGGACGACCUGCACUUUCUGGUCAACAACGCGGGGAUGUCGAUUCCCCAGUCCCUGAUGGACGUGACCGAGGAAGCCUGGACCGAGGUGAUGAAGGUAAACUCCUUCGCGCCGCUGCUCUGCACGCAGAAAGCAGUGAAGAAAAUGCUCGCCACCGGGGAUGCUGAGGCGGUGAAGCAGAAGUCCAUCGUGAAUAUCAGCUCGCAGGCGAGUUUGUUCGCACUGGAGGACCAUACCAGCUACUCCAUGAGCAAGGGCGCACUAGAUUUGCUCACAAAAACAGCAGCGCUCGAACUAGGACCGCACAAAAUACGCUGCAACGCGGUGAAUCCAACGGUAUAGUACAACCUUUUUCAUCUUUUCGCAAGAAGAUUGAUUUUGAUUCCCCUCAGCGAAUUCGAUGCAAAUUUUCGAACCACUCGAACUCGCAUAGCAGCUGAGAAAAAUCUUUUGUUUGAAAACUUCGUUCCAUGGGAAAAAGAUGAUCCAGUAAAUACUUAUCUUUCCGUGAUCUGGUCAAAAUUGGACUUUCGUGAUGAGAAAUAGUUCGUUCUCACGAUGGUCUUCUGCUAGCUCGCGAGGGCGGUGGAGACAAAACAACUAACCCAGCUCUCUGAUGUUGCAUACAAGACGGCACGAAAAUGACUUUUGGUCCAAAUCUAAAUCUACGAGCGACCUCAAGCGUUUUUGGUUUGAGAACAGGCCAGAUUCAUCCGGGAGAGACGCGAUUUCCCAACUAAAAUUUAGUACAUGGAUUUUCAGGUAAUACGAUUCAGUGAUGAGAAAUAGUUCGUUCUCACGAUGGUCUUCUGCUAGCUCGCGAGGGCGGUGGAGACAAAACAACUAACCCAGCUCUCUGAUAUUGCCUGAAGCAUGAUCAUUUUCGUGCAGUGCAACAAAAUGGUGCAUGAACUCCAGGAACACCUGGAGAGUAAGGCUCCGAAGCGAGAAUUGCGCGACCUUAAAAAUGUGAUGAGAAAUAGUUCGUUCUCACGAUGGUCUUCUGCCUAGCUCGCGAGGGCGAUGGAGACAAAACAACUAACCCAGCUCUCUGAUGACAGAUAGACCUUGAUCCCCGGUGGAGAUCCGUGAGGAGGAAAAUUUAAAUUUUAUCUCUGCAGGUCAUCAUGACACCAAUGGGACGCCGUGUGUGGGGGGAUCCCGCGAAGGGAGGUCCGAUGCUCACGCGCAUUCCGCUGGAGCAGUUUGCGGAGGAGAGUGACGUUGUGAAACCGGUCUUGUUUCUUCUGGACACAACGCAGUCCGGUAUGAUUAACGGAGCAACGCUGCCAAUCGAGGGCGGCAUGGUCGCCGUGUGUAAAAUGAAGUAAAAAUGCAACCAAGUAAAAAAAGUACACUGACAGACACAGACGUUUCUCUUUCCCUCAAAAGAUC